GUUUACCUGAGCUGUACUACUGGAACUCUAAGUAUAAAUUAUAUCAUUUCCCUCAAUCCAUUGAGCAUGGCAACAGCUGUCAUAGUGAAAAACAAUGGCAGGAAAGAUAUGACAAUAACUAGUGCACUAUUUAGCAAUGUGAAGUUCAAGAAAAGGGGAGGGACAGCAGUCCUAGGACUUAGAGGCUGCCCGUAUUGCACACACCCUCCUCUAUCUUCUUUUGAGCUCUUAACUCCAUAUGAAGCAAUAUGUUCCUCUCAACAUCUUGAAGCAAAAGCUCAGUCCAGCUUAUGCUGCUUCACCAGAACAGAGACUAAACACAAGUCGUUUUGUAACACCCCAUCCUCAAAAUAUGAAACUCUUGUCAGGUUGAAAAACCGUCUUCAGGGUAAUAAGAAUUGGUUUCGAGGACAUACAUACUUAUUCAGUCCUGGCUCCAUGUCUGAAAAGUAUGGAGAGGACUAUUUCAUUUGCACUGACCCUGCUUCAAUGCUGGUGCCUUGCCCGUGGUGGGUGAGAGUUGGAGAGGUGUACAAGUGAUUCAGCAUGAUAACUUGUGAUUAUGUAAUACAACAACAUAGAUAAUCCUUUUGUUUUUCCAUCCUUUCAAUUUCUCUAGGGAAGAAGUUGGAAAAUUAAUAUUUUGUAAUAUAUCAUUAGUGGAAAACAUUUUUCUAUAACUUCUAUUAGCCUUUCUUAGAAGAUAUUCUAAUAACUAAGAGUUUAUAUU